GCUCACUCAGCAAUCCCAAGUAUUCUAAGCUAUCAGCCAUAUCUCGUCGCUACCAGGACAUGGCAGACGAUGACCUCUACGAGAUCACAUUUGAGGACGAAGGCGAGGAUGGAGACGACGACGACAUCGUUGUUGACGAUGAGGAACUCGCCGGACUGUUCGAGGAGGCAGAAACUCAUCGCCAGGCCGGCUCUCAGCCUACUCACUCGGUAGUCGACGCGGAGGACCACACAACGCGGGUCCAGGUGCCUCUCAGCACAUUGGCUCGUCUAUUUGGCAUCACCAGUUCGACAUUGAAUGAAGAAGACGAGGACGAGGACGAUGAUGAGUACUAUGCCCAACCCACUACGCCACCACAGCCGUCCUGGACACAACCACACCGCGAACCACAGGAGGCCGGUGUGCGUCUUCUUGGCAGCGGUGACUUUGGACGGGUCGGCCCUAAGUUGAGGUCAAGGCAGCGCAAUCAACGCAACGUGUCCCGAGAACUCGAAGAUAGGCGAGUGAGGCUGCGACCUUCACCCAGGGAAGUGUAUGCGCAAGAGCUUGUGCCAAACUCCAAUGGCGUGGCCGUAGCUUCCUAUGAAGCUAACAUAUACUGCGGCCAGUACUCUGCAGACUCCUCGUUCUACUAUACGUGUUGCCAAGAUUUUCGUCUUCAUGUGUAUGACACUGCAUCAAUAUUAUCACAGCACCUUCCGAACCAUGGGCCGCAAUUCCGACGUCGAGGUAGUGAAUAUGAGUUGGACCCCGGACAUCAGACCCGUAUGAAAGUUAUCAAAACGAUUCAGGGGCAUGCCGGUCGGUGGACCAUCACGGACUCUCAUCUCAGCCCUGAUAAUGAACGCAUGAUCUACUCGUCGAUCACGCCUGUCGUAUACAUGGUCAACACGCGUGACUCCUCUCCCAUCCAGACUCCUAUCAAUUUCGCCGACAGUAGGAGUAGAGCCGUUGAUUGGACUUGGGAGGAUCGUGUCGCGAUUUGGAGCUGCAGGUUUUCCGCAGACGGAAAUGAGAUCGUGGCGGGGGGCACAGGAAAGAUCUUUGUAUAUGAUUUACUCGCUGAUCGACGAUCCGUGAAAAUCAACGCGCACGACGACGACGUGAACAGUUGUUGUUGGGCGGAUACGGCUUCUGGCAAUGUUCUCAUCAGUGCGUCGGACGACACAUUUCUGAAAGUUUGGGAUCGUCGGUCUCUUGGGUCAUCCCAAAGGCCCGCUGGCGUGCUCGUGGGUCACACAGAAGGCAUAACAAACGUCGCACCAAAGGGCGACGGUCGGUAUAUCAUAUCCAAUGGGAAGGAUCAAGCUUUGAGACUAUGGGAUUUGCGCAAGAUGCGCAGCAGUGCCGAAUUUGACCGCAUGCCUCAGAAGAGUUAUGGAUGUAAGAACUAUGACUACCGGUAUGGCUACUACCCGAAUCCACGCUUCCCGGCGCACCCGAACGAUUGCAGCGUCAUGACCUACCGCGGCCACGCUGUUCUUCGAACUCUGAUUCGAUGUCAUUUCAGCCCCGCUGAAACUACCGGAUCACAAUAUAUCUAUUCCGGUUCAAGUGAUGGAUUGGUGCAUAUAUGGAGCCUUGACGGACGUAUCGUGCAGAUCUUGGACCGCUCUAAGACGAUGCCCAUGUCAUUCGAUCCCUCAGGACCAGAGUACCCGAUGGGUGGACGACGAAAUCAAGCAACAUGCGUUCGUGACGUUAGCUGGCACACGCGGGAGCCAAUCAUUCUCAGUGCGGGAUGGGAAGGACGCAUGGGCGGUAGCAUCGUGGCUCAGCAUGAAUGGAAAGGCAUGUCGAAGACACAACUCAUGUCUCGGAAUGGUCUGGAGGACUGGGUUACCAGGACAAGGGACGAGGCAGCUGAGAGACAGGCAAGGAGACGCAUGCCCGGGGGACGAUUGCUCGACUCGGACGAGGAAUCGGAAUGAGUGAGAAUCACGGCUGAGCUCAGGUCCCUGUAUAACC